AUGUAUAGUAACGGUACUGAUUUUCCACCCGUAAAGGAAGAUACAUUUUGCAAAUAUGUAUUGUAUUACGAGAUAAACAACUCAAGGGUACGCAUUUGGGAUUUUAUCAUAUUGAUACCAAAUGCUUUAUUUGUGCUUUUCUUAGUUGUCAGAUUUAACAAAGCUCAGUUAAAACUUCGUGCCACGAGUAGUCCCAUAUUUCUUACAUUUUACACUCUUGUAUGGGGGAAUGUCAUAAUCAGUCUUAUAAGAUGUGCAGUUUCCAUGACUGUAAAUGCAUCAGUACCUCUUGGAGGUCUGAUUGAUAAAAUUUUAUGGGUUACUGUAAGAUUCUUCCUGCUUGCAACUGAAAUGAGUGUCGUGAUUUUUGGACUUGCCUUUGGCCACAUGGAUAGUCGCAGUAGCAUUCGAUAUGUUCUGUUGGCUACAUCUUUAAUUUCCCUUGCCUUUACUGUCACCCAGGGCACACUAGAAAUAGUGAUGCCAGAUGACAUGUUCCAUAUUGAUACAAGGGAUUAUAAUCUUUUUGGACAUGGUGGGAUGCUCUUUUGGUUUACAUCAUCAUUGGUCUUUGGGAUUAUUUACUUCAUUAUUUUACUUCUACCAUGGACACCUUUGCGGGAAUAUUUAGCUUUGCCAACAAAACUCUCAUUUUAUUUUUAUAUACUGCUACUGACCCUACUUGAUAUGACCCAAUCGGUGGGUACCGGUUUACUUAUGUGGGGAUCUAUGCAAUCAGGUCUCUGUGUUGUUGAUGUUACCACCUGGCUUUACUUCUCACUGUAUACGCCACUGGUUUAUCAUACAUUCUUAAGUGAAUUUUUCAGUGUCGCUCAACCAAGCAUAAUGUUCUCAUACAAGGCUCAGAUGGAUGAGCCAAUGGACGAUGACCAAGUCUCUUUACCGCAUCAACAAAGCUUCAGCUCACUUAAAACGGAUUCAGACUACAUCUAUCAAAGUAACAGUGUGUAUGAUAGUACACUGUUUGAAGCGGGCGGGACGACCCCAAUGAACCCCGUGUAUAGUGCAUCCUUACAAAGUCCAGACUCUAUUGCAUCUGGCCAAUCGAUAGACUUACAAGCCGGCUUUCCGAACAAAAAUAUGCUCUCUACAUAA